AAACAGCUGUGUCACAUCGUUGUAUAUGAAAAGUACCUUACAAAAAUACAACCCUGCAGAUUUUACGUGUCAUCGUUUGCAGUAUUUUUGUAAAAAUAUUAACAAAUUUCUAUUUAUUUAACUUGAAAUAACUAUAAUUAUAGUAUUGUAAUAAACCAGUGAUAAUGGUAGAUGAAUGCACCAAGAAAACCUUAAGCAGUUUACCUUUACUGCAAACCCGUGCCAGUCCCAGAGACAAAGACAUCUGGGUGCAACGUCUAAAGGAGGAAUACCAAGCUUUAAUUAAGUAUGUGCAAAAUAAUAAAGAAUCGGGAACCGAUUGGUUCCGUUUGGAAUCCAAUAAGGAAGGCACUAAAUGGUUUGGCAAAUGCUGGUAUAUGCAUAAUUUACUGAAAUAUGAAUUCGAUGUGGAAUUUGAUAUACCUGUUACUUAUCCUACAACGGCUCCUGAAAUAGCUCUUCCUGAAUUGGAUGGUAAAACAGCCAAAAUGUAUCGUGGUGGCAAAAUUUGUCUCACCGAUCAUUUUAAACCUUUGUGGGCUAGAAAUGUGCCCAAAUUUGGUAUUGCCCAUGCGAUGGCUUUGGGUUUGGCUCCCUGGUUAGCUGUUGAAAUUCCCGAUCUAAUAGAAAAAGGCAUUAUUACCUACAAGGAAAAGUAGUUAAAUGAAAUCAACAAUUUAAAACAAACUUUUUUUAUACAAUUUUUUGUUAAACCUUUUAUAGGUUUUUUUGCUUUUGCUUCUUUUAUUUCACAUUUAAAUAUUUUAUUUUCUUUUUCACUUAUUUUUUGUUUUCCGUUUUCUUUUUAAUUUUGUAAAUUUAAGAAGUAAGAAAAUAAUUGAUCAAAUUUAAAGAAAAUAUAAUUUUAUAUAAUAUUUUUACAA